CCGCCACUUUUUCUACUUAACACCGUCACCGUCGCGAAAAUGUUAGAAGCGCGGCUCGAGCAGGCUAACAUCCUGAAGAAGGUCGUGGAUGCUAUCAAGGACCUCGUUCAGGACUGCAAUUUUGACUGCAAUGACUCGGGCGUUGCCCUGCAGGCCAUGGACAACUCCCACGUUGCCCUCGUAUCCAUGAUGCUCAAGGCCGAGGCCUUCUCCCCGUACCGCUGCGACCGCAACAUCGCUCUCGGCGUCAACCUGACCUCCCUUACCAAGGUGCUACGCGCGGCCCAGAACGAGGACGUACUCACCAUGAAGGCUGAGGAUGCCCCGGACAGCCUGAACCUCGUGUUCGAGAGCAGCGACAACGACCGUAUCAGCGAGUAUGACCUCAAGCUCAUGGACAUCGACCAGGAGCACUUGGGCAUCCCCGAGACGGAAUACGCCGCUACCAUUGCCAUGCCUGCUGCCGAGUUCAAGCGCAUCUGCACUGAUUUGGCUGCCAUGAGCGAGUCAGUGACCAUCGACGCGAGCAAGGAUGGUAUUAAAUUUUCAUGCAACGGCGACAUCGGCAACGGCGCCGUGACCCUGCGGUCGCACUCGAACGUGGAAAAGCCCGAGAACAAUGUCGACAUUGAGCUGACAGAGCCCGUUGCUCUCACCUUCUCCCUCAAAUAUCUCGUCAACUUCUGCAAGGCGUCCGCGCUCUCCAACCAGGUCAAGAUCUGCCUCUCGAACGAGGUACCGCUCCUGGUUGAGUACAACCUCUCUGGAAGCAGCUACCUGCGCUUCUACCUGGCUCCCAAGAUUGGUGACGAGGAAUAAACGGUCUCCUUUAGCAGACAUGGUGGUGGGGACUGAAAGGACUUGCGACUGGCCGGCGUUGAUGGAGAACUAAGGGUAUUGAACCCGGGUUUGCGUACUCAGGUUCAAGGUUCGUAUUUUUUUUUUCGGGACGAUACAGGAGAGAGGCACCGUGGCCCGCGGAAGUGCAGGAGGCGGGGG